CAGUCAGAAGUCAGUGUGCGUAAGCCGGCCGGUUGUGCCGGCUCCACUUCAGCCUCCGCUCUCGCGCUACAACACCCGCUUAGUAGCGGUUCCGUCGCGCCGUAAAGAGAGUUUCUCUCUCGGGUAGCGCGGCUUCGCCACGUCGAUCGAUCGAGAUCGAGAGCGCCCGCUCUUUUCGUUGGCGCGAAAAGAAAAAAAAAGGGACAAUUCGCGCUCCGAAAAUCGAGUCGGCGAGGAUAGAAUCGAGAUCCGAGCCCCGUGAAAUCCUCCUGAAUCUCACUGUCAGUGCACUGGGGGUCAUCUCUCAGUGGGAUACUUAUCUCUCGACGAGGUUCGAAGGCGGCUCAAAAAUUGCGGUGUUGGUUAUCGAUUGGCAUCGGCGCGGGAGAUCCGAGGCAAAAUAAACAGAGAUUUGUUUGGAAGGGGAGUUCUUCUAAAAUAGAGGAUUCGCGAGCGAAAAGUAUGACGAGUGCGGCUCGCCGGAUUCUCGCGUCGCGCGCUGCUCUGUUCGCGAGACCGUCACCGCGUGAGGCGAAAAGUUACGCGCGUUAUGGCUUUCCAUCUGUGUCGCAAACUCGCGCGCGAGGAGUAAUUUGAUUUCUGAAAAAGGAACCGCUCUUUCCUCUUUGCCGAUCGUUAACGCGUAGAGAGAUAUAUAAUGUUUGGAGGCUCGCGAUUAUAUCGGGUAGCUCGUACGGAGCUUCGCGAUCGCGGAUUGAACGCCUAACAUCUCACGUAAGUCUCUGAGUUAUAAAAAUUUCUCGGGACGAAAUUUGUCAAGACGGGUCGAUUUCGAUACGCGAUACAUUCGACACGGUUUUACGAGUGAUCAUGAUACAGAAGGAAGGAGCCCAGGACGAGUCAAAGACGGGGGAACAGGCGAGCUCGAUGAACGACGGUUCGGACAGCGUGCCGGCAGGCCGAGGCAGCGACCCGACCUCGCCCUCGCCCUCCCCUUCGGAGGGCAGGCACGCGGAAGCCGAGGAAACAACAGCGGGCUCGAACGUCCUCAAGAUGGGCAGCACGGAUUCGGCAGGCAAUGCUCGCGGGCCCUCCUGCGGUCUCGUCAGUUCGCUCUUGCCCAGCAGCUGUCGAGGUAGCGCGGAGGCGUUUGCCCGGUGUCUUCAUCGAAGGCUGACGUCCUUGAGCGGCGAAGACUCGCCCGAGCGAACUACGGAUGCCUCCGUACCACGCGAGACCUCGUGGUUGCAUCCGUCAUCGUCGAGCAAUCGUCAUUCUACCGUCAGUCUCGCUAAUCAGCAUCCGAUUCUUCAGCAUCAGCCGCGUCACAAUUCGGAUUCGGAUCUCUUUUACGAGUUGGAAGAGGAGGAAGAGGAAGAUGGAUCGAGCUCGCCUGCCGAGGAAGCGACCGCCGCCGAAUUGGCGCAUCUGCUGGUGAAUCCGGAGAUCCUCAAGGCGAACCAUCACGACGCCUGUCAUUGUUCGCCGAGCGGGACCAGGGUCGUGAGCGUUCACUCCGGGGAUUCCGAAUCCGGCUGCAUCUUUGCGUCACCGAUCGCCGGCUCGCCGCCCGACAGCGAUUCCCCAGAGAUAUUCUUCGAUCCGGAAAGCUCGGACGCUGAGAAAUUGAGGAACGAAGUCUUCUUCGAUCCGGUCAGCACUUCAGAUAGCGAGGUCAACAAUUCGAAUCUCACCAAUACUAAUUUUACCCGUGCGAGGAUCAAGAUUGCAAUGAACGGACGCGUUAAACGGACGAACACGAAUGUGGAACGUAACGAGGAUACAACGUCCGAGUCGAGCUGCUCAUCGAGAAGAAACCCUACAUCUUGUAUAAAUGGUCGUCGGCAGGAAGAGCAGGUUGUCUGCAGUUCGGAGGAUUCCCUCAACGGCAGAAGCUCUCAAGAAACAACAACGUCGCCUAGCCAUGAGUCCUUGUGGAGCACGUUCGACGAUAGUACCGUGUCUCUACAGGAUGAGAGCCCUCCCAGGAUCAUCCAUUCCGUUGUUCCUCCCAUCUGCUUACCCAAGUCGCAUUCAGACUCCGAGUUGCCGAGCAACCAUAUUAACAUGGCAAUGUCCAACAAACUCAAAACAGACAGGCGGAACGAAGAGGUAGAAGAAGAGGCAGAAGACGAGGACAAUGAAAAGGACAAGAACGACGAACAUGACGUUGACGAAGUUGACUUCGUCAAUGGAGUAUCGAAGAAUGUGAUGCGCAAUGACAAAAGUGACAGUGAGCUCGAUGACUUUCUUAACGAUGUCGAAGACUCGGUUGAUAAGGUGAAGAACCAGGAAGACCAUACAGAAUCCGUAGAAGGCACGAAGGCAUUGUCAAAAAGUGCAGCGUUGCUGAAUACAGAGAGUACGAUCGCCAAUGACAGCGAUACCGAUCAAUCUGCCUACAGCAGCGCCGUUGAUGUUUCAGAAGCGCUUUCACUGGAAUGUUUAAGUGACGAGAUGACGACCUUGAAGAGCGAGCUAAAGUUGCGGAUCGAAAAUGAUGACGCGCUACACGAGGAUAACGAGGAGGAGAGGCUAAAUUUGUUGCUGAAGAAGCUAGGUAGCAGUCCUACGGCGAAGGAGGACGACUCGUCGUCACCCGAGCAGGAAACACAGAGCGAGAUAGUGGAAGAGGAGGAGGACAGACCGCAGCGAGUCCGUAGAUGUUCCUCGCUGAAGACGGGGAAAACGCCGCCAGGCACACCGCACAGAAAGAAAAUCGUCCGUUUCGCGGACAAGCUCGGUCUCGAUCUGGCCGAUGUAAGAACGUUCCUGGACGAGAUACCGAAGAUACCCAAUUCCGCGUACAGCGACUUGAUCUACGAUGACAUUUUCCGACCGCAGGACAGCGGCAAUCCGGACAGCAUCGCGGCGACCACCAGCGAUCACCAUUGGUCCGAUCGUUAUCAGGAUGAUGGCAGGCGCAGAUCCAUGUCGGCAAUACCCAGAAAGGUCGACCGGAUGCUGGUGCCGUUGUUCCAGCAGCCAGGCGGCAUGGCGAACUUUCUGGAUAUGGUACGCGAGCGGCGAGUUUGCCUUGAAAAUGUAUUGGUGCAGGACCCGAUGACCUUGGCUAUUCAGGGCACGGUGCGCGUUAUCAACCUCGACUUCCACAAGUCCGUGCACAUACGCUACACGCUCAAUUCCUGGCGAAACUUCAGCGAUCUGCAGGCGACGUACGUGCCCAACUCGUGCGACGGAUUCAGCGACAAAUUCACCUUCAUCCUUUACUGUCACACGUUACUGGUCGGUCAGAGGCUCGAGUUCGCGGUACGUUUCCAGUGCAAGGGGACGCAACACUGGGACAAUAACUCCGGUGCCAAUUACUGCUUUCAAUGCCUGCCGGCAACAUCGUCGCCCGGAUAUAUACCGAUCACCGCCGAUGAGAAUCGACGCGGCAGCUGGUCACCAAUGUUUUAUUGAUGGAUGUCUGGAUCGGCUUGACACGACGACGGCAUGGAAACAGAAACAGACUGAAUCACUUGUUGAUGAAGAGGCUAACGGCGAAAACUCGCGGUACUCAACGGUACUUUUUACACGUUCCUAAACAAGUGCUCCGCGACGAAGUGUGAAAAACGAAACUUUCGGGAUCUAUCAUUGUCUUCUGAUGUUUUCGCAGAGCUUUCGGAGAGCUUACGUAAUAAUAUUACUAAUUAAUUCUGUAAAAUUUUAGAAAAUAAGUUGUGAAUGGAACAAAAACUACUUGUUUGUAGUUCUUGUCAAAAAGUUGUAAUUCUUGUCAAAAAAUAUUUUUUGUUUUUCGAUACUAAAUCGAUAUUAAAGUGUGAAACACCCUUUUCAAAUUUAUACCAAAAUUUUGGAAUUUUGUUUAUAUUAAAGUGUCUUUGUUCUAUAUUAAAGUUUUUUGAUAUCUUAAAUAGUUCAAUCUCCGAAAUCUCUUUUCACGAAAGCAUUUCCUGAGGAAUUACGAAAUAUAUACUCCGCCCAUUAUAAUUUUUUAAACUGUACCUGUCAAAUGGAGAUUACAAUCUUGAAAGCUAAAAUUCUUCUCGCGCGAAGCGAAAAAACGAGAGAACUCGUUCCAAGCUACGAAAUGGCCUAAAUGGAGUUGGCACAAGAAACGCUAAGGACAAGUAAUCGGUUUAAACGUUCCUAUGGAAAGAGUACCUUUACAGAGUUUAUGUCAGAGUUAAAGCUGAUGAAUCAUUUAAUCGAUCGUACGAAAGAAUAUCGAUCACGGCCGCGAUUUGUUAGUCGGUACAAUGACAACAGAUGAUAAUAAGAUGAACGUUGUUAUAAUAAUAUUAGUCCUUGUUAGCGAUAUUCUAUGAAUUUAGAUUUUAUCGUAGAGAAUGUUCCGUAAGACGUUACACGUACAAAUACAUUUAUACUUUUCUUUCGAGAUAUUAUUCGUCAUCGAGUUGCACGGGAUGGGACUUUUGAAUAACGUAAAAUUUAAAUGUAACUGGGACCUCAAAAGAUA